AUGGUGAUUGUUUUGCAACAUCAGCAUUGCACGUUAAAAAUAAGGGUACAGGUAUGUGUAACGUACGACAGUUAAUUCAUAACUAGGCGCAAAAAUUUUCAACUUUUUGAAUUAAAUCAUUAAACGUAUUAUAAAAACUGACUAGUUUUAGUGCUGGAAAACUUUGGCAUUGGCAGAAGUUCUGUGGACCCGCUCUUAUGUUACGUCUGGUGAAAUGUAGCGAUUUAAAUAAACAACAACUUAAAAUUAGGCCUAAUUCGAGCUCGUUGCAAACGAUAUAAUAUUUUAAGUUUAUCUUGUUAAAUAUAAUAUUUGUCUUAAAAAAUAAUGUUUUGUUCUAUUUUUUCUAAUUCGAAGCUAUUAUAAUUCCAGAUGUUAAUGCUAAUUCUUUUCCUAUGUCUGAAGGUUACAUAUUCAGCAACACUGGUUAUGCCUAUGCCAAACACAUACAUAAAAUAUGCCGAAAGCAAUGCUGUGCCAUAUUUUCAAGAAAAUUAUUUAAUUGAACUUUUAGAAUUUAAGGUAUUUGGUCAACCAAACGGAUUCUUUGUAGGAGUUAACCCUCCAACACAAUUAAACAUCAGGUUUUCAAGUAAGACUUAACCACAAUUCAAUAAAUUUUUUAGUUUCAAAAUCUCUACAAAAAUUUCAGAAUUAAUAUCGUUGAUAGUCAGCGCAAGUAGCUUUGAAACUAUUCGAAAUCACGUAUAUGCUAAGCACAAUCCGACCGAUCUCUUGCCAUUGUACACUACAGAGAAUAACGGUAAAAACAAACAAUAAGUAGUAUUUUGUUAUUUUUAGAUGUCGGCGUACUAUCAGCAAACAAAUCAGAAGGGAAUUUAUCUUACUUAUUAGGAUACUGUAGUCCUAAAUUGGGGUACUUUGGGGCGACGGUGCCACUGUUUGGAGAAUUCAAUGGUCCGUUGACAAUAAAUACAGAUGGCGGUCGCGAUAACAAUUGUAAUAACAUACAAAAACCAUUGUGUUAUGGAUGGGCAAAGUCUUCUAGAUACCAUGUUGCAGUAGGAUAUUACUUUGCGUUCAAUUUUAUUCUAAUUUAAUUGAUUUUAGGACUUAUUAAAAACAAAUGAGACAUUAGAAACACUGACUUACAGUAAGCUAACUAAAAAUCUCAUUCCUUUAAUGCCUCCAAAUCCGGACAAUGUCAAGACAUGUGGUAAGUAAAAAAUGAACUAAAUUUACGACAUUGAGAGAAAAAUUUUCUAAAGGCUUAACCUACGAAGACGAUUUUAACUAGGCUUAUAAAAAAUUUCUAAAUAUAAAAAUAUUGAAAUGAGUAAAUUAAGACUAAAUAUAAUACUUCUAAGCCUUUGCAUGCUCAACUUUAGUCUUUCAGUCAUCUUGAUAUUGUUUUUAUUUUUUGCGUUAAGAUGAGUAACAUCCAGCCUUGGUAACAACAGCUUUUUAGUGCUUCAAAAUUCCUCGCUUGAUGGUAGACAUGGGGAACGAGCCUACCGUCGGGCCGGGCCUGGAAAUCGCGAAAAAAAAUCCGGCCCGUUUCCACGCAAAAAGGCCCGGGCGCGUUACCCUUGUCUGUUUGACGGGAGUCAACACUAAUUACCGCUGUUUUUAGCUCAAUUAGGGAACGUCUUGAACCAAGUAGACGUGAAUAUGAGCAUUUCAAACCUAUGCGAUUCUUUGACGCCAUUGUACAGUUUGAGAAACAAAAAGUGGUGUACGUUAAUCAUUUUUUACUUAUUAUAGCUAUGAAUGAUGAAACAUAAAAAAUAAAUAUUUAGGGUUUCGAACGUUUACCGUACAACCAGAUCCAGUAAUCCACAAUGUUUUCCAAAACAAAACGCAAAACAUAGUUGGUUAUUGCGCUAAGGUAAAAGGAGACUGCUACGCUAACGCUGCCCUAUAUAUAGUAAACCAAAAUGAAAGUAAGAUUUGAAAAUACAAUAACGUAAAAUUAAAAUUUUUUUUGACUAUUACUAAUAAAUUUCAUUACAGAAACUGAAAGAUUUGAAAUCUCAAAGAACCCUAAUGGAAAGCUGUUAUGUUAUGUUUGGUAA